GACUGAUUGACACGUGGCGCUUCAUAAAUAAAGGCUUUCAAAAUUUAGAAUCUACAAAUGGGUGGGUUAAGACAAAAAAUAAUAAAAGGGGGAGGGGGGGAGUUGACGGACACCUUUUAUCUUGCCCUAUCCCGCACGUCACAAAGGAGGAAAGUCGAGGACCAGGGAGGGGAAAGGACUAACUCGAGACACAAAACUAGUUCUGGCCGGGGCCAGGUCAGACCCCUGCAUCUCCCACCUCCUUAGCCCCAUGCUUUUUUCCUCCAUCCAAGGUUGUGGCCAGAGCUCUGGCUUUGUAGCCAGCUAGGCCAGGGGCAGGAGGUCAAGCACUCAGACUGACAGGCACACGGUAUCGUGGGGAACAGCAGCUGAGCCCGGUCUGGCCAAGGCCACCACGAAGGAUUCAGACUGGCUAUCUGUGCUUUAACUGGAAGGAAAUAGGCUACAGGGAGAGGCCCUAACCCCCUGCAUCUCCCUGGGAGACAGCUUUGGCCAGUUUCUGAGGUCCUUGGUGAUACCAGGAGGAAAACAAAGAAACUGAGGCCUAGGGCUUCCUGUCCCACCUCUCAUUUUUCCUGCUGCCCCAGAUAGCCAAAAUUAAUAUUUAUGUCUAACCACAUAGUUAAUUUUAUGUCCAGCCACCUGGCUUCCUCAGGUGGAUUCUAUGCCUCCAGCCAGGUUUCAGGGCCAUCUCUUAGCCUAGUUGCUCCCAAGCAGGGGCUGCUGGGCCCUUGUUGAAUGAACAAGUCAACCUUGGUCACACUGAGCCAGCGGGCAGAGGACAGAGCACUGCGUUGGGAACCGAGUAUCCUGGGUUAUAGUCCUGGCUCUGCCAUUCGCUGGCUGUGUGCCCUGGAACAGAUCACUCUCCUUCUCUGGGCCUCUAUUUCCUCAUCUCUACAUCAUAAGGGCUGGGUCAUAUGAUCACUGAGGGAUUUUCUGGCUCUGAGAACCUAGAAGUCUAGUGGAUUCAGGAGGAGGUGGCUGGGAGAGGAGAGGGCAGUGACAGCCCCGGUCAGUGCUCUGACAGGCAGCGGCUAGAGUCUCAUGAUCGGGGGAUGAGUUCUGGCUGGAAAACAGAUGAAGGGACGGGGCCGUGCUGACCCUGGGCCAGGUACUUGGAGAAGCAUCUGGCUCCCCCGGCGUCACACUCCUAUUGCCACUGGGCCACGUCCGUCUCGGAGCAGUGCCCGAGGAUGCAACCCCUAGUGGAACGCUCCCCUCUCGGGGCCUCAGUUUCCCAUCCCGGUCACCCUUCCUGGGUGAUGAAUCGGCUCUGAGGCAUCGGAAUGAGCGAUGAGUCAGAAAGUCCUCGAGGCCUGGGCCAACUCACAAGGCCUCUCCAGCCCUUUUCAGCUAUAAAACAGAGAUCGUCAGAAGAAUGGCCUUGUGGAAGUUUUUCAGGAUUAAGGUUCAAAAUGUGUCUGGAGGGCUAUGGCCACGCGGCACCCAGCACGGAUGGCGGCAAGGUGUUCUGCAUGUUCUACGCGCUGCUGGGCAUCCCGCUCACGCUCGUCAUGUUCCAGAGCCUGGGCGAGCGCAUCAACACCUUCGUGAAGUACCUGCUGCACCGCGCCAAGAGGGGGCUGGGCAUGCGGCGCGCCGACGUGUCCAUGGCCAACAUGGUGCUCAUCGGCUUCUUCUCGUGCAUCAGCACGCUGUGCAUCGGCGCCGCCGCCUUCUCCUACUACGAGCACUGGACCUUCUUCCAGGCUUACUACUACUGCUUCAUCACACUCACCACCAUCGGCUUCGGCGACUACGUGGCGCUGCAGAAGGACCAGGCGCUGCAGACGCAGCCGCAGUACGUGGCCUUCAGCUUCGUGUACAUCCUCACGGGCCUCACGGUCAUCGGCGCCUUCCUCAACCUCGUGGUGCUGCGCUUCAUGACCAUGAACGCCGAGGACGAGAAGCGCGACGCCGAGCACCGCGCGCUGCUCACGCGCAACGGGCAGGCGGGAGGGGGCGGCGGCGGCGGCGGGGGCGGCGGGGGCGCGGGCGGCAGCGCGCACACCACGGACACCGCCUCGUCCACGGCGGCGGCGGGCGGCGGCGGCUUCCGCAACGUCUACGCCGAGGUGCUGCACUUCCAGUCCAUGUGCUCGUGCCUCUGGUACAAGAGCCGCGAGAAGCUGCAGUACUCCAUCCCCAUGAUCAUCCCGCGGGACCUCUCCACGUCCGACACGUGCGUCGAGCAGAGCCACUCGUCGCCGGGAGGGGGCGGCCGCUACAGCGACACGCCCUCGCACCGCUGCCUGUGCAGCGGGGCGCAGCGCUCCGCCAUCAGCUCGGUGUCCACUGGCCUGCACAGCCUGUCCACCUUCCGCGGCCUCAUGAAGCGCAGGAGCUCCGUGUGAACGCCCUGCGGGGCCUGGAGCGCCUGGGGUUGCGGGGCCGGGGGAGGGAGGGGCUCCUGCCGGGAGGAGCAGCCGGGGUGGGUGAGGAGACCCCAUGGGACCCUCCCCACACCCCUCACCACCCUCCUCCAGCCGCGCCCCCCCCCCGCCCCCCAUCUCCCGACUGUGCCUGCUCGCACCAGCCGGCAGGAGCCCGGGCUCUGAGGAUGUUUCAGGACAUCCGCGCCCUGCAAAUUCCGAGAAAUGUGAAAUGUGGGGGGUGGGGGGUGGGGGAGGGAAGGCAGAAGCUGGGAGCCUCCCAUCCCUCUGGAAAUCUAAGGAGCUCCCUCCGUUCUCAGAGGCCCUGCUGGUACCCAGACCACCCCCCACCCCCCCUCCUCCAUCCGGAGGAAACUUCGUGUUCUGUGUAAGUUUGCAUCUCUAUUUAUACCUCUGUCCUGCCAGGUCUCCCACCUUCCCCAGGCUCCAAAAGCCAGGGUGUCUUUGUUCAGGUCACCCCCACUCAGCCCCACUCCCCUUCCUCAUCCCCAGCUGUGUCUCCCAGCCUCCCACUACCUUUUGUGUUGUUUUGCAUGGCUUUGCAGUUAUGAAGAAAGUGGAAACCCAGCAGUCCCUAAAGCUAGUCCCCAGAAGGCAGGCAGACUGAAGCAAGGACAGGCAGGCUGCAGGAGGGACAGAGGAGGGAGGGGGAGAUUGUGGCCCUCUGGUCUGCAGGGCAGCCCACGGGGAGGUGAGAGUUAACUGGCCUCCAGCCUCCCGACACUGCCCUUAGAAUCAAACAGAAAACUUCAUACCUGCCGUCCCCAGCCGCUGCUGACAAUGACCAACUCUUACAUCUGUGGAAUGAGUUUCAGCCUCUGAAACCCUGCCCUGACUACCCAUUCAUCUGAUUCUCACAGUACCCGGUUAGGUCAGCAAGGCAGGAGUUCUCAUCCUCACUUUACAGGGGACACUGAGGCCCAGACAGGUGAAGUGACUUGCCCAAGGUGGCACAGACAGCAAAAGGCACAGGGGAACAAGAACCCAGGCUGCUGCUUCUGAGUUUUGGUGCCCUUUCCUCCUGACCACCCUGCCCACUGUUGAAAGCAGAGCUCCUGCCGGGUGCACCCAGGCACUGCGUGAGCCAGCACUGGGACUUAGCCUCGACUCCACUUGGCCAGGAGGCAGGGGCUCUGAAUGGACCCCUGAGGCCGAGUAGGACCCCCUCAGUGUCCGGACUGCCUGCUUACAAACAGGGAAGCAGGGCUGAGAGGCUCAUGGAAAAAAGGGCAGGAGCCAAGGGCUCUAGGGGUUUGGGAAUCGGGCAGAAUGAACUAGAGAACUGUCGGGCAUAUCCAAUUGGGACCUUAUCCCUGGCUCACAGCCAGUGUUGGUGCCUGUGUCCCAAGUAGCUAGAGAUAAAUUAAGGCUGCAGCAAGGAGCGCCCCUCUCCGGUAGGGAGUUUGGACCUGGUGUGCCCACUACCUACCCCACCUGCAACCCAGAAACCCAGGUGCAGAGCAAGCAGACCGAGGUGACGCCCUAGACUCCACAGCUGGAGCUGGUACCGUGUCUCAGGACAGCAUCAGAGGUGGGUGAGGGGCGUCUCCCCACUCAGAACUGCCCUCCUAUGUCAUUGCCAUGGCGGCUCCCUAACCCUGCUGAGCAAGGCCAGCCCUGGUAUUCAGGGAUGCUGGAGUGGGGGUCCCACAGGGUGGUCAGCCUCAGCCGCGCCCCAGCCUCUGGGAACCCCUAAGAGAGAAGAAGUCUGGCCUGUGUGUGAGUCCUGUCUCAGCGUGGAGGAGCUCGCCGCCCAGGUGCCAAGAAGAGGGCCCAGGACCCAGGGGUGACCUCUGUGUUUAUGUGUGGGGCUGGGGGACAGUGCCGGCUGCCUCUGUCCCAUGUGUGACCCUGCCCUCGAGGGGUCCUGUCCCGUCAGUCCCGAGGGAGCCACAACCAAAGUUGCAGGGAGAUGGCGAGGAAGGAGGCCAAAUGGUCUCGAGCAGAGCAUGGCAGGCUGCUCGGCCUCCAGCGGGCCUUUCCCAGGGAACUAGAAGGCCAGAGUGGCUUCCCCCCUCACCCCCUCCCCCACUGCAGGCAGCCUUUCUGCUUCCCCAAUGCCUUAUGCCUGGGCACACUGCCACAGAAUAUGCAAUACAUGUGGGUGCCCCCGCGCCCACACCCCCACCCCGGGCAGCCCCUGGACCCCAAAGGCUGCAGCUGCCACGGCCUUCCUUCAGCCCCUCCUGCCUAUCUGUCUUCACAAUGAGAAUGGCGCCUAAUAAAUGCUGUCCAUGGAGACCAGG